UUUUUGGUCCAGUGGGAAAAAAGACCUAGCGGGUGCGAAACAGACAUAUGGCUUCUUUGCUGAAAAACAAGAAAUAAGAAAUUAGUUGCUUAUCUUGCCGAUUACGUGAGAUAUGAACUUUAAAAUUGUAACUAUCAUAUAAGCGUGUAAAUAUGAUUUGAAAUGAGAUCUUAUCCAUUUCAGAAAAAAGAUUGGUCUUAGUUAAAUUGCCUUAAAAAGUGUCACAAUGCUGAAAACACUUACAUGUGUUUUCGUUUUCUUCACAUGCUUAAUAUUUUUUAUCGUUAAUUAUUUUGUACGUAAACCAUACAUGGAUGAAAUUUUCCACUACCCUCAGGCGCUGAAAUAUUACAAUGGCUCCUUUUUUGAAUGGGAUCCUAAAAUAACCACACCUCCUGGACUGUAUUUGUCAAGUGUAACAAUACUGAUUCCUUUAUCCAAGUUAAUUGAAUAUGAUCUGAGAAAAAUUGAAUAUUUUCGAAUCACCAACCUGUUCUUCACAUUUGGAAAUUUCUUUUUACUCUACAAGAUUCUCUGCUUGCAACACCUGAAGGAUGAAGAACGUUUUAAAAUUCUCUCUGCCAUGAACAUAUCAAUGUUUCCAGUAUUAUAUUUUUUUACGUUUCUGUACUACACAGAUUGUGGUUCAGUAUUUUUUGUAUUAUUAAUGUAUUACUGGAAUAAGAAAUAUUGCUUCAUCUCUGCUGCAAUUGCUGGAGCUUUGUCAAUUUUCUUUCGUCAGACAAAUAUUGUAUGGGUGUUUUAUCUGGCUGUAGAUGAAACACUGCAUAUUUUAAUGCUACUUUUCAGUGAAGCUCUUAUGAAAAAAGACAAAGAAAUGUCUGAUUUGACAUUUCCUGAACUUAUAAAAAUAUCUCAACCAUUUUGGAAAGAUCACUGGAAGGAAUUACUUAUGCAGAUGGUUGAAGUAAAUUUAGGUUAUUUUGCUGUUGGUGUAGGUUUUGUACUUUUUGUUUCCAUUAAUGGCUCAGUUGCAUUAGGUGAUAAAGGUGCUCAUCAAGUUUGUUUAAACUUGCCACAAAUAUUAUACUUUUUGUUAUUUUGCCUAUUUUUUGCAUCUCCGUACUUAAUUUCAUGGUAUAAAACCAAAGAAUUUGUUUUAUUUGUAAAUAGUCAUAAACUAUGUGUGACAUUAAUGUUUAUAGCUUUUUCAUUUUGUAUUAUUUUUAUGUCACAUAUUCAUCAAUAUCUUUUGGCAGAUAAUCGUCACCUUACAUUCUAUAUAUGGAGAAGGUUAUUAGGAAGAAAUAUAUUAUUAUCUCUAUUAUUGGUACCAAUAUACAUUUAUAGCUGUUGGUCUGUAUUUUGUUCUGUACAAGAGAAAAAUGUUUAUUCUAAAUUAAUUCUUGCCUUCUGUGUUAUCAUAUCAACCAUACCCCAAAAGUUAUUGGAACUUAGAUACUUCAUAAUUCCAUAUAUCAUGCUGAGGAUUCACAUAAAAACUGAAACAAAGUGGCAACCUUACCUGGAAUUUCUUGUGUAUGCUUUUGUUAAUUAUUUGGUGCUAUAUUUAUUUCUGUUUAAGGCAUUCAUGUGGCAUGACAGUGAAGAAGUUCAGAGGUUUAUGUGGUAAAGCAUGUGCUAACUUCUUUACAAAAUUUUUAUAUACUGAUUUAAAAAAAAAAAAUAAAUUCAUUUGACAAGUCUUGUUUUUUUUUUUUUUUUGAAAAACAUAGCCAACUACUUGAAUGUACUUUAAUUUUAUAAUUUAAAAGGAUAAACUUAUUAUAGCUGUUUCCUUAAAAUGGUAUUCAACUCAUUUACUGCAUUUGAUGUUUUGUGGCUGUGUACCUUUUUUCCGUCUACAAAUCAUAUAUUUAGAAUAUUUUGUAAGUAUGCAUGGAAAUAAUUUUAGGUAAUAGUUUUUAGAACAGUGUUCUUGUAAAACGAAACAGAUUAUGAAGGAUGUAUGUAAGAGAAACAUGUUACUGACAAAUGUAAAAUUGGGCAAAAUUCCACCUUAAAUUAGUAGAGGUUUUGUGGAAGAUCUCUAUGUAUUUUGAGGGAAACUGCAUCAAAAGAGAAAACAUAUUUUGUGUUCUAUUUGCUAAAUACUUCAUUUAUGUAAUGAAAAUAAAUAAAUAAAUAAUAAAUAAUUGCAACAUAUUCAUA